UAGUAAGGUUGUAAUUUGGAAUGUUGGUUUACCAAUUGGCAGGAAAUUCAUGCAAGUUUGAGUCUACUGGUAUCUCCAUGUUAUCCAAACCCCAAGCUCUACUCCGGUUCUACAGGUCUUUUUCCUCAAACCAGAAAUGGAAUUCAAAUCAACAGCCGAAUUUAGUGAUCACUCACCCAACUCUCCUCCUCAUCGAGUCCUGCAAUUCCAUGUCCCAGCUCAAGCAAAUCCAGGCCAACAUGACAAGGACCGGCCUCAUCUUUCACACCUUCCCCGUCAGCAGACUCCUAUCCUUUUGCGCUUUGGAUGAUAGCGGAGAUAUACAUUAUGCGCGGUUGCUUUUUUCGCAAAUUUCAGAACCCAAUGUGUACAUUUGGAAUACCAUGAUCAGGGGUUACGUUAAGGCUGAGCUUCAAGAAAUGGGGUUGUGUGUUUUCGGUAGAAUGGUUAGGGAGAAUAUAGAAAUGGAUGAAAGAAGCUAUGUUUUUGCGCUGAAAGGGUGUGGGGUUUUAGGAGGGUUUUGGGUGGGGGAAUCCGUGCAUUGUAGGAUUAGGAAAGUCCGGUUUGACGAAGAUUUGAUCGUGAGAAAUGGGUUGGUUCAUUUUUAUGGGCAGAGUGGGAGGGUGAAGGACGCGAAGAAGGUGUUCGAUGAAAGUCCUGUGAGGGAUGUAGUUUCCUGGACUUCGUUGAUUGAUGGGUACGUGAGAAAGAAUAUGGCUGAUGAGGCAUUGGCGUUAUUUCGUAUGAUGUCUUCCAGUGGGGUUGAGCCCAAUGAGGUUACAAUGAUAGCAGUGUUCUCUGCUUGUGCACACAAGGGGGACUUGAUGUUGGGGAAGUUCUUUCAUGAAUCUAUGGAGAAGAGAGGCGCGAAAUGUGGCUUGAAUUUGCUGAAUGCUAUAUUGGACAUGUAUAUAAAGUGUGGCAGUUUGCCUUUGGCCAAAGAGCUCUUUGAGAAGAUGGAAGUAAAGGAUGCUUUUUCGAGGACAACCAUGAUCAAUGGGUAUGCCAAAAAUGGGGAAGUGGACCUAGCAAGGAAGUGCUUCAGUGACAUGCCACACAGAAAUGUGGUUUCUUGGAAUGCAAUGAUUGCAUGCUACUCACAGAACAAUAGACCAAAGGAGGCCUUGGAACUUUUCCAUGAAAUGGAAAGAAGAGGUCUGGCUCUCAUGGAGACCACUUUGGUGUGUGUGCUUUCUGCGUGUGCUCAAUCAGGUUCCUUGGAUAUAGGCAGACGGGUUCAUGAUUAUUAUGUUAAGCAAAGGCGGAUCAAAUGCAGUGUAAUUCUAGUGAAUGCAUUAAUCGACAUGUAUGCAAAAUGCGGAAGCAUUGAUGCUGCUGAGGAGCUCUUCGCUGAAAUGCCCGAAAGAGAUUUGGUGUCCUGGAACUCAUUAAUCGUGGGGUGUGCUUCUCAUGGGUUUGCUGGGAGGGCACUUACCCUUUUUGAACAAAUGAGAACUUUGGGAUUUAUUCCCGAUGAGAUCACAUUUGUGGGUGUACUAUCAGCUUGUGCACAUGCUGGAUUGGUGAAUGAAGGCUGGAAGUAUUUGAGGGCGAUGGAAAUGUUUGGAUUAGUGCCAGCAAAGGUGCAUUAUGCCUGCAUGAUUGAUUUGCUGAGUCGAGUUGGGCAACUUAGAGAUGCUUAUGAGCUGAUAUUAUCAAUGCCCAUGGAACCGGAUACAGCGGUUUGGGGUGCCCUGCUUAAUGGUUGCAGAAUGCAUGGAAAUGUUGAGCUAGGUAAACUUGCUGGUGAGAAACUUAUAGCAUUGGACCCUGAAGAUAGUGGUAUUUAUGUGCUUCUUGCAAGUUUAUGUGCUAAUAAGCGAAAAUGGGGUGAUGUUAGUAAGUUGAGAAGCAUGAUGAGAAUUAAAGGUAUCAAGAAGAAUCCAGGGCGUAGCUUGAUAGAUGUAGAGAGAAAGUUACACGAAUUUGUGGCUGCAGAUGAAUCACACCCUCGAUCCCAAGCUAUAUAUAAAGUGCUUAAUGAGAUAGUCUUGCUGUCGAAAUUGGAAGAAUAUCAAUUUGCAGUCUUACCAGUAGAGAAUAUAUUUCAGGAACCAUUACAUUCUGAUCAAGUUAAACAAGGAAACAAGGAUAACAAGCCACUGCACAUUGCUAUCUAUGCCUAGUGAUCUUCACCAGUCAACAUAGUUAGAUAUGUCAAUUUACAUCCUCAGCUAUUCUCUAAGAGUCUUUAAUCAGCAGUAAUAUCCACAAAAGCUACUGUCUUUAGUAUAUGCGUAUCGGGAUUUAAAUCCAGGCACAACCCUCCCUAUACCAAAAGCUAUUCUAGUUUAAACCCAUCUCUAGAACAUGAUGUGAUUCCUAUGUUAGUUCCAUGGUUUUGUCAAUUGUCAUGCCCUACUAACAGCAGCUAGUAAUUUACCAAAAACGUCCUUCACCGGGACACAAGCAACAGAUGGCAGCAUAGCUUCUCCUUUGAACGCUUUUCUUGACCCGUUUGAAAUCUGAUGCUUUUUCAAUGAUUUUACAGGAACUUCUGCAGAACUUUCACAGGCUCGAGUAAUCUUCUUGUCCUCACAGGUUGAAGGCAAAA